GCCGAGCGAGCAACGCAAGCCAAGGCAGCACGAGCAGCAGCAGCAGCAGUAGUCGCAGCAGCAGCACGAGCAGCAGGCAGGCACGCAGGCAAGCACGCAGGGCAGCUCUGCGCUCGUCUGUCCGAUCGAAGAGCAUACUCGGAAGACGGAAGAGAAAGGGAAUCGGGAGGAGAGGAGAGAGGAGACGGGGAAAGAGAAAGAAAGCGCACGCACGAGGGGAGGGGAGGGGAAGGGAGGGAGAGGGAGAGGGAGGGGAGGGGGGUUUUGCGGUGGCGGGGAGGUCGCUUACUGGGCCGGUGCGAGGGGUGAGAGUGUGGGGGAGGAGUCUAGCUGGACGGGGAAUGGGGGCGUGAAACCGGGGAGUCAAUGGGGAAUUUGCAAAUGACGGGGGCGAUGUGCAUGUCAACGAUUCCGGCGUGAAUGUCAUUCUGGUAGGCGAGAGGAUUCGUGGGGCGCUGCUGCUUUUGCUGUUGUUGUUGUGGCCGUGGUAAUGGAGGAUUGAGAGCCUUGGGGGCAGAGCGAGGGAGGGGAGAGGGAGGGAGAGGGCGUGGCAGAGGCAGAGGGAGAGGGAUAGAGAGCGUGGUGGUUACCAUUGCGAUAGAUUGAGACGGAGAGAGAAGCGGAGGCGGCACGGGAGGUCGCGCAAUUUGGAGGAAUAGCGACGAGGAGAGGAGGCUCGAGUAGGAGUAGUUUCGACAGGUGCCGCGGACGAAUUGGCUCGGGAAUUGUGUUUGGGGGAAUCAAUUAGGUCGAGGAUUGUGCUGGGCUCUGUGUUGAGACCACUCUCUGCGUAUCCGUCCCCUCUCCCCUCAGAACCGCAGGCCGAGGGGAGGGGGGAGGUGAGGCUUCUGCAGGCACAAGAAUCGCUCUCUGUUCUUCGUUCGGGCUGAUUUGCGUUCGUGCGUUCGAGGAUGAAAGCUGCUCUGCCUCAAGCUAUGGUGGAGGGGAAGCAAACCCUGGCCUCUUCCUCCGUCGAAGCGAGCGCAGCCCUUUGCGAGCAUGUUCAACGCCAGGGUUUGGAUAAUCAUCUCUUCUCCGACAUUACUCUCUCAUUUUGCGGCAAGGAUCACCAGCUUCAUCGAAUUAUCCUUUCUCAGAGCUCGUACUUCCACUCCCUUCUGUCCGGGCCUUGGAGAGAGCACGGCAAGUCCCGGAUUGAACUACAAAUCGAUGACCCGAAUGUCACUCCCGAAGGUUUAGAGAUCGCAUUCGCCUACAUGUAUGGUAUGAGCCCUGUUUUCACACCGGACAACGUGAUAUCUGUUCUAGCUGCCGGAUGCUUCUUGUGCCUCGAAAAUCUGUGCGAGAAGGGUGUUCAGUUUAUAGUCGAGGAUUUGAAAGUGGAGACAUUUGUCGGAUAUCAGCAGCUCUCGGAAAGACAUUGCUACGGUAGAUUCGCAGACGCCAUUCGCAACGCCUGCUGGACUUUCCUUUGCACUCAUGCAUCAAGGGAGCUACUUCAUCUUCUGCCCAAGUUCUCUCUACAGGUGCUGUGUCUUCUACUCAAGUCGGACGAGUUAUGGGUUCCAAGUGAAUCGGAACGCUACAAACUCGCCAAGCAAGCAUUGAUAGAGUGGAAGCUUGCGCGCGUAAAAGCGACUAAUGUUACCUCCGACUGUACAAAUACAAGGAAGCCUCGUACAAAGCCGUCUUCGGCCAGAAAGUCCGCCAGGAAUUCAAGCUCCGCACCUGGAACGCGAUCAAAAAACUCUCUUCAGAAAACUACUCGACUCAGUGUGAAAGAGAGAGGAGCUAAGAAGAAAGAGACCACAGCUCCGGUUGUUGAGCCAGUGGAACCUGUCAGUCCACCAAAAGAGGAAGUCGUUGACACUGAUCUGAGGAAGUUACAAAGGCUCUGGGAAGCAGAUGAUCCGUUGGACAGAAACAAAGAAGAUACUUUUCAGAAGGUGGCCGAACUUUUUACCGAUGGUGGUAUCAUAUUUGCUCACAUGGAGGCCGAUGAGGUUCUUCAAGCAAAGAAAGAGUUGGAGGAUGCAGGCUUGCCGAAUGAUGCUGCCAAUGAUAGUAUGUGGCAGGGUGUGCUGCUGAAAUUUUCUGUUCUUAAGUUUCGGGAGACACACAACUUACUCGAUGAAUCAUCUGAGGACGAGGACGACGAAGAAAUGGAUGAUGACGAGGACGAUGACGACGAUGACGACGAGGCCGAUGAUGAAGAUGAUGACGAGGCCAGUGAUCGCGACUCGUCAGACUCAGAUGGAUGGAGCACUGAUCGAAGCUCACAAGAAGCUGAUGAUGAGAGUAACAGUAGCGAUGCCAGAGGACGUGAUGGUAUAGCUGGCACAGGACAGGCUUGUAAACGGCUGAAGACGCAUAGCACAACCAUCGUGUGCUUCGCAUGUUCAGACUCGGUCGGUCAACCCGAUAGUUUGGGGGCUGGUGGUGACGGGAAGCGAAGACGAACCACUGGAGGAUUUACCUGGGCAAUUAAGCCAGAUGUUGGGAUGCAGCUAGCUGAUUUUCCACCGUUUCGGUUUGGUGCUGAGUUUACGUUGAAAGACAAACGAUGGACACCUUCUGCGGAUUUGAAGUCACGAGAGGUGUUUUACGGCGGAUCCAUGUGGAAAAUUGUUGGUUCUAAUUUAAACCAGGACAAAGAAGAGUGGCAGUUUGGUGUACACUGUCGACCUCUUGAUACUUGGGAGCCUCACACUUACCAAGAUAAUCGCAAAAGGGUUCCUUUUUCUGCUAAACUCUAUAUCAAAACCUGCCAAGGUUUAAGGUGUGUAUCAGGGAAUGCUGUGCGCAAGAUGCGCCAUCAUGCUUCACACAUGCGUCACUCGGUCAGUAUGCAUUUGUCAAAGAAGGAUAUCGUAGAGAAUGAACCUUUGCGGGUGUCAGCCGUGGUCCAGCUGAUGGAUGAUUGAGAGUUGAGAAGUUACGGCAGCUUCUAAACUAUGGUGCUUUGGUUCAACUCUGGGGAGUAAGGCUGAUGAUUGCAAGACGCUUCCAUCCAUAGGUUGACAUGUACAUGAUGACGGAAGAACAUUUUUGGAAACUUUGGUCACAUAUUACUUCCCUCACUGAGAUCUGAGAAGGGUUUGGUAAGGAUCAUGUGCUCUCAGUACAUCCAUUUUGUUAGUGCGCAGAGAGGAGAGAGGCCUUCACUUAGGAGCUGUAGAUUCCACAUUGCAGUGGGUGUGGGAAUACCAGAAAGUCACGUCUGAACAGGUUCGGUAGAAUAAGUGUAAAAUUCAUGCUAUAGAGUGUAAAUUCAACAGCAACAAAACUCAUAAUUUUGUCCUUCAUUUCGAUAUUCUUUGUCCAGAUUGUAUGAUUCAGAUAUAUACAUAGAUAACACAAUAUUCAAGGAGCAUUACGAACGUGUAUCAUUCAAAUUUGGUUACAGAUCUUUCUGGAACUUUGAAUUCAUUACUGAGGAGGUGUAUCCUUUUGCCAGUACGAAUUCAUCUCUCCAGUUCUGGGUCUUUGAUGUAAUGAUAAUGAAACUUUUAAAAUUUCAGUU